AUAAACUUUCAUGAAGAUCACAAACAAGUCAGUUGACAAGCAGCACAUCGAAAAACUAGAUGAGCUACGCAAAAAUGUGAGCUGCACGGUGAUCGGGUUUGCCGAACAAACUGCCGAGUUGCAACAGGAGAUUUCCGAGCUUUUUAUCGCCGAAUUCGGCGUCAAUGGACCGAUUGACAUGAACUCGCUGAGCAAAUUGGCUCGAAUCACCUCAUACUACGCCUCGUCCGAAUACUUUCAAGGACUUGCGAAGUAUCAACGAACCGCAUGCAAAAUGUUCAUCACGUGGCAAACUCUACGAAAGGAGGCGAUGGAGUGUCGGAGCAAAGAUCGAGAGAUUUUCGCGAGUAUUCCCGCGAAACUCUGCUUUUUCUACUUUUACAACGGAGAACUGUGCAGAGCAGUCGUGUGCCUGCUCGACUACAUCGACCUAUCAGACGACACUCUGGCCAAGGAAGCUGCUCUUCGAUGGUUGAUGUUUCUCGGCGAGACCGAGCUAAUUGAGAAGAAGCUGAAGACGUGGAAAAUGGAUAAAAGCUCGAAAGACAUGUUCUCGGCUACCGAAUUCGCGAUGAACUACCUGAAAAAGUCAGAGUAUCGCGUGGAAAUGCUCGAAAAGCUGAUGAAGCUUCGCGAUAAAGUCAAAUCGGAUCCUACUCGCUCAUUUUCGAGAUACGAGUUGGCUUCUUAUGUCUCUUGGUUGUGCUCAACGUUGAGCAAUGUUCCCGUUGGAUCCGCACUCAGGGAGUGUGAGUUCCCGGAUCGUGUGUCCCAUAUUCAAGAAGCAGCAUUAAAAAGUGAUUCACUUGUGCGUAAUCGAAUUCCUGGCCUCGCCAGCUCUCAAUUCGACAACUCGGUUAAUGCAUCAAUUUGGCCAUUUCUAGACGGGCAUCAAGAAGAUAGCAAUUAUUAUGUGCACAUUGGCAGUACAAUCGCUUGGCACUUUGAGAUGCGUCGGGAGUGUGCUCUCGUCAACGUCACCACCGCCCAAACUCGUGAUUCGAUGUCGGCAAUGAUUCUGAAUCUUCGUGUCGCAUUAAAAUCGGCUUCAUUCUUUCGAGUUCUUCAGACAACCAACACAUUAGCCUACUAUUCGAGUAUCAUCGAAGAAGCCGGAAGUGAGAAGAACGCGAAAUUAAUGAGAGUAUCGUGUGUUAAUUUGCUGUCGUCUAAUCCGAUAAUUGUUCGGUGUAGCACUCCGAAGGAGACGGGAGCCACUUCGAGAGCUCAUACACCGAUGGCAGGGAGUAGUGUAUCGGAGAAACAGAACACGAUGAGACCUGAUCUGGCUGAUCUGUUGGGAGAUCUCGAAUUACUCGAUGAACAAUCAUUCCAUCCGAUCACCCGAUCCUGCGUCUGCAAUGUCUGCACGAUUUACCCGCUGCAUAGCUCAUUCGCCGCCGAAUACAUGAUGUCCUACGCAAUUCACUCGGAUUUCUCGCAACUCUCCAUCAAACAUUUCAACGACGAGUUCGCGAGAAUCAGAGAGCGUGGAAUGUCUAGUCAGGUUCUGAUGCAUCGGGACUCGAGUGUGAGGCCGAGACCGAAUAUCAUUCAAAACGAGAUUUUCGGCAUGUGUGUGAUCCGGUGGCUGACGAAAAAGUUGGAUUCGAAAGAAAGUGCUGACGAGGAUACGAUGGAGAUUUUCAACAACGCGUUGAAGAUCGUGAGAUAUCUUCAACAACGAACAACCGAUAUGAUUCUCGCAGUGACACAACUUGGACGACAACUCGAGUUUCCCAUGGAAUGCAACUAUAGCUGGAUGCGGCCAACGAUCCGGAAACCACGUGUCAAGGCAACGAUCGAUUGUGCCGUCGACAUUCUUCGCGCGGUUUCUCCGUUCGGACGUCGUCCGAAAGUUGAGAAACUGGAGAAGAAUCUUCAGCCUUUCGAUAAGGAACGCUUCGAGAAGGUUCGGCUUGCCAUGCGGAACGAGAUGAACCACUACGGCCAUAUUCUAUACAGAGAAUGGCGUUGCCGCUUGUUCGCCUACGUCGGAAGAACAUCACGUGAUCCUUGGGAGGCUGCGUACGCAUGGGCCGAGUCAACACAGAUCGGAGCUCGUAACGCUGUACAGAGCCGACUUGAGAAGUGCAAGAGAGGAUUGGUGACAAUGUCGGGACAUGAUCGCUUCAAAACGUGUGUACAGUCGAUGCCAGACGAGAUGACGCUUGUACAGAUUGCGAUGGCCGAUGAUAAGACGAUUUAUUUGGUGAAACUGCACGCGGAUCGUGAUCCGAUCAUCAUGCCACUGGCACACUACUCUCAAGCCGUCGAAUUGAUGGAUAAAUUCACGUUUUUGUUGGAUGAAGACGAGAUGAUAGCAAAGUAUCCCGGAGACAUUACACCAGAAGAGUUUUGGAAACGACGGAAAAUUGUGGAUGGUAGAAUGAUGACGUUUGUUGACGAGGUUCAGAAGCAUUUCCUAGGUGUUGCGGCGAGUCUUCUGAUGCCGUCUGGACAGUUGGGCCCGAAAGCGGCAGAACUUGCAAUUAAAAUCCACAAGUUGUCGAAAGGAGGACUCCUUCUGGGAGAGGCCAAGGAGAUGGUAUAUCAGUCAAAGUUGAUGGAUGCGAAAUCCUGGGAAGCGCUGAUUCUUCGAUUCUGUGAGAUGAGAACUACCGAUGAGAAGUUCAAAUCGUUCCUGCCGCUGAUGCACAGGAAUUCGGUUGAAGUAAUGAAUCAGGAUGAUUCGAUUGUUACGGAAAAGAAGUACACGUACCUUGUCAUCUGUCCCCAUCUUUCUCAAUUCUGUUGGGAGCGAUUGCCGAUUUUCGAUGAGUAUCCAUAUGUGGGACGUCAAGUAUCGAUUCACUCGACUUUUAGUCAGUUGGAAGCAAUGAAAAGUCAGGAGAAACAGAUUCCUCUACAAAUCGACGUACAAAACGCCUACUACAUUCUCGAUCCUGACAACAAUUUGGGCGAAACACAAAAACGAAUGGUCGAAUAUAUCAAUAAGUUCAAUUGGGAAGGAACUGUUGGCUCGGCGCCAAAAUCGAAUGAGAUUAGCGCCGCGUUGUCUCAACGCGAUGCGUUUUUCUUUAUUGGACAUGGCUCUGGAUCUUCGGUUAUGCCACGAUCUGUGCUCAAGCAGUCGACGUGUAAUGCGAUCAGUUUGCUGAUGGGUUGUGGAAGUGUCCGAACAAUUCCACAAGCUCUCGGUUUUGAUGGAAAAACGGCGAUUCUGGACUACGCGAUGGCAAAGUGUCCACUGAUCGUUGGAUGCUUAUGGACUGUCACUGAUGGUGAAAUCGAUCGUUUCUUGAUUCGAAUGAUCGAUGAUUGUUUCGAAGAUUCCAAAUCGCUCACCGGAAUCGACAAGCUUCGUCAGCUAUCGGAGGCUAUGCACGAGGCCAGAUCAAAAGCCAGACUGAAAUAUUUGACCGGUGCCGCUGUGGUGAUGUAUGGAUUGCCAGUUGUUGCAAAGCAAACGACGCCAUUCGUGGAAAAGGAUCAGAGAAACUUGCCGCAGACUCCGAAGACUUCAGCCCGAACUUCGAUGCGAAUGGAAACUGUGCCGAAGACACCGAAACAAGAAUUUGUUACAUCGAAGUCUGUUCCAAUGACUCCAAUUUUCUCAAAUAAUGAGAACAAGUCUCCAAGCCGAGCAAGGAUGCCAAGCAGAGUUCUGAAGACACCUCGUCAGGUGAAAACGUUCCAAGAGGAAGAUGAUGAAGCUCCGAAACGGUCGACAACGCGGCAGCUGAAACCGCUGGUUGCACCACCUAUUCCAGCAACACCGACGACUAGAACAACUCGCUCAAGUGCCCGAACUCCAUCAAGAUCCCGAAAUUUGUAAUAUAAUCUGACCCGAAGGAUCUUAAGGAUCGUUAUUUUAUUUUGCACAGGUGCUUAUCUCCCGGGUUUCUUAUUGUAUUCUUUGACACUACUAGUCAACUAAGUUUUAUUAUUAUCGUGUAAAAUAAAUGAUUGAAUGAUUU